UUUAUCUCCUUUUCUUGACUUUUCCUUUUGAGAGAGGAGAGGAAGAAAACUCUUCAUUGCCUUUGCUUGGGGGUUUACGGCUUUGCUUCUUGUUUUUAGUAAUUCUUUUAAUUUCAGGGCUCUGACAGCUAACAGUACUACUGUUUGAAUACAAAUUUCGAUUUCACACCUGGACCACGCUCUUCUUUCUACACGGUUCAAGCUUUUUUGGGUGGUUUGUUUGUGUCAAAGUUUCAAGCUUUUCGGGUGGGUUGCUUGUGUCGCUGUAGAGAGCUGGAUUUAGCCCCUGUUGUCUUCAGCUUGUGGGAUUGAAGAAUUUUGAGCUUUUGGCUUCAUGGGUUCUUGCUUCAGUGCUAGAAUCAAAGCUGAGAGUCCUCUUCACAACGGUUCGAGCCCAAAAUAUGAUGGCAAAAGUGAGAAUGAUACAAGUUGUUCAAGCAGCAAAUUCUCAUCAGUCUCAGUGCCUCACACACCCCGCACACAGGGAGAGAUCUUGCAGUCCUCCAAUUUGAAGAGCUUUUCUUUUAGUGAGCUUAAAACUGCAACCCGUAACUUUCGUCCAGAUAGUGUGUUGGGUGAAGGUGGUUUUGGUUGCGUCUUCAAGGGGUGGAUUGAUGAGCAUUCAUUUGCAGCUGCCAGGCCUGGGACUGGCAUGGUUAUUGCUGUUAAGCGGCUUAACCUAGAUAGUCUCCAAGGUCAUCAGGAAUGGUUGGCUGAAAUCAACUACCUUGGGCAGCUACAUCAUCCUAAUCUCGUUAAAUUGCUAGGAUACUGCUUAGAGGAUGAUCAUCGACUCUUGGUGUAUGAAUUUAUGCCCAAGGGUAGCCUGGAGAAUCAUUUAUUUAGAAGGAAUUCUUAUUUUGAACCACUUUCAUGGAGUGUUCGCAUGAAGGUUUCCUUGGAUGCUGCAAAGGGCCUAGCUUUUCUUCAUAGUGACCAGGCAAAAGUGAUAUAUCGAGACUUAAAAGCUUCUAACAUCCUGCUUGAUUCGAACUACAAUGCAAAACUCUCCGACUUUGGGUUAGCCAAGGAUGGACCGACUGGAAGUAAAAGCCAUGUCUCUACACGAGUUAUGGGAACCUAUGGCUAUGCAGCACCAGAGUAUAUGGCUACAGGCCAUCUGACUGCCAGGAGUGACGUAUACAGUUUUGGGGUGGUUCUCCUUGAAAUGAUGUCCGGCAAACGAGCACUAGACAAAAACAGGCCAUCUCGGGAACAGAAUUUAGUCGACUGGGCGAGGCCUUAUCUUUCCAGCAAACGCAAAAUAUUCCAAGUUAUGGACGCUCGUAUUGAAGGGAAUUAUUCACAGGCUAGUGCACUGAAGGUGGCAAACCUUGCAGUUCAAUGCCUAUCAACAGAACCAAGGUUCCGGCCUAAGAUGGAAGAGGUAGUCAGAGAGCUAGAGCAACUUCAGGACUCGAAUGAUGGCGUGAAUCCCAGAGGCAUUUCGAGCAACGAACCCAAAUACCGCAAGAAAUCUGGCAAUGAGGUACGCAAAAAGAAAGUUACUUCAUAUCCAAGGCCAUCUGCUUCACCCCUACGUGCAUAAAGAGGAACAGUAUUUGACACAUGCUUUGCUAGCUGAGCGAAAUUACAGAUUGGAAUUUAGUGAACAUCUGAUCAUUGAGGAAAGCUUGUAUCAACGGCCCUAUUACUAUUAUUGUACAGUGCUUGGCUACUUAAUACAACUUAUGUUGUUCCAUAUUAUUUAUUCAGUGUCCAUUUUAAAUA